GUGAAAGUUGUGAAAUACAGGUGCUCACAUUUCAAGUUUUUUUAAAAAUGGGAGUUGAUGGGAGAUAACUAAAUUGGGACCAAAAAAGUGAUCACAUUGAGAGGUGUUUAGAUAAGAGGGGUGUUCAGAUUAGAGAGGUGUUCAGAUAAGAGAGGUGUUUGGAUAUACAGGUUUCACUGUAGUUACCUUGUGAAGUUUAUUAGCAUGAUUCUUCAAAUACACUUUUUAUUUUCAGAUAAAGUCAUUGUCAUCCUGAGCAUUGCAGCUAUAGUAGUAGUGGCUUUAAAUGUAUAUUUUGCACACAAGCAGAAUGACCAAUAUGUAGAAACAACAAAAAACACCAAACCAAAAACAGUUGAUCAACCACCUACUAUUCAAGUAUCUAGUAUUCAGGGAAAUGAAAAAGCAGAUGACCGAACUGAAAUAAAUCAUAACAACAACAAAAGGAAACACCGGGCCAUAAAAGAAAAAUUCCCACCUUAUUUCCCUGAGAAGCCUGACAAGGUGCAAGGCAAUCAAUUUGACAACAAGUAUAUCGUCAUACAAAAUGGUUUUGAAUAUGUCAAUGGCAACCCAGAGGGCAACCAUGGGGAUGGAUAUGAUUAUCCCGACGAAAGAGAGGACUUUGGCUUAUCAGGCUAUGACUUCAAUGGUGGGUUACAAGAACAAAUUGAUUUAUUGCAAAAUUAUCCAGAUAUGAGGCGAAGGCACAACCAACCGCAAAACUACCUUUUUCUCAAAAAUAAUUUGAGGAACCAACACAAAUCAGAAAAUAGAAAUGAACCUAAAAGUGGUUUUAAAAAUUAAAUAUGACAAUUUUACAGAAUGGAGAUUCCAACACGACCAUGUCCUAGCUAAAUCAACUCUAUGCCUCCAUGUUCUGCCCAUGGACAUAUUGUAUGUGCAAAUGCAAUUGAGAGCUCAUAUGAAAUUUAAAGCUUUUACCUAUAAAACUUUAAGUUACUAAGAGGUCUUACAUGUGAUCCCAUUGUGAUUAUGACUACAAAUUAGUCUUACAAUUGAUUACAAAGAGAUCUAAACUACAAAGUAUUUUAACCUACAAAGUAACCUUACUUACAAAGUGAGUUUACAUUGAAUUAUAUCUUACAUAGUGAUCUUAACCUUUAUACAGUAAUAUACCUAUAAAGUGAUCUCACAUACAAAGUGAUCUAACAUGUAUAAAGUGAUGGCAUAUUUAAAGUGAUAUCAACUGUAAA